AUGUUCUCCACGAAAAUGUCUGACCAAAUAGAAUGUGCGCUGGAUCUUAUGAGACGACUUCCCCCUCAAAAUACCGAAGAAAAUCUUUCAAAACUCAUAGAUCUUAUCCCUUUCGCUCACGAAAACUUGUUAGGUCUUAUUGAUCAGCCAUUAAAGGAAGCAAAAUGUUCUAAGACAGGGAAGGACUACCUUCUUUCGGCUUACAACCAGGAUGGGGAUUCUUUUCGAUCCCCAUGGUCGAACGAAUACGACCCACCCCUUAGCGACGGUGUACAGCCUUCCCCGAAGAUACGCAAAUUAGAAGAAAGUGCUAAUGAAGCUUUUUAUACAUAUCGAGACAUGUAUUAUGGAAACGGCGUUUCUUCUGCGUACUUUUGGGAUGAUCAGGAUGGGUUCGCAGGAGCUAUUGAUUUGACUUAUCAGUCUUUUUACCAUACUUUAGUUGGUGAUAGUGUCCGCAAAAUGAAAGGCGCUUGGGAUUCGAUUCAUGUAUUCAAGGCAAAUGAAAGAGGUCGUAAUGCACAUUAUAAACUGACUUCAACAGUUAUAUUAUAUACCAUUACUAGUAAACCUGAGCUUGGUCACAUGAACUUAUCUGGUAGUAUGACAAGACAGUCUGAAGCAGACUGCCCAUUUGAUGAACCUUCAGCUCACAUAGCCAACAUUGGUAGAAUGAUCGAGGACAUAGAACUUAAAAUGCGUAAUUUACUCCAGGAAGUAUAUUUUGGCAAGACAAAAGACAUUGUCAAUGGCUUAAGAUCUAUUAAUUCACUCGUCGAAGCUCAGAGACAAGCCGAUAUUCAAAAAGAACUUGUAGGAAAAUUGUUGGAACGAAAGUCAUAG